AAUGUAGAUCCGCAUGGGCUACUACUACUCUUUCUCUCCAAAUAACCCAGCGGAAUCAUAAGAUAAGGAUCCCAGGAUGGUCUUAGUGCAUGUCGGAUAUCUGGUUCUUCCUGUAUUCGGCUCAGUAAGAAACAGAGUAUGGAGGCUGGCUCUACAUUCUGCAUUUAUCAGAUCUUUGUCGUCCCCCCCAUUGUGUAGCUAAUGAUCAUCUGCUGCUGUGUGGUGUGGCGUGGCCUCUGCCUGUUCUCUGCAUUUAGCUGUAUUGUGAAUCCCUUCUUCAUUUCCUCUUUCCAUCAGAAGACGACAUUGGUAUUAAAAAGCACCCCCUCCCAAGAUGUAUUCAGCCAUAGACUUUCCAUGUUAAGCAGACUAAAACAAUAGCUAACACCUAGACCAGAGCACCUUUUUGUCUUUUUUUCUGUCAAAUUGCUGUAGCACUGAGUAAAACAUUUUAGCUCCUUUUUAGAUAUCAGUUGAAUGUCAUUGUGUACCUCCCAUCCAGUCUUGAUAGACAACAUGCUGUAAAUUCCUGUAAAGUGGAUACAUUUUGCAUGAUCUUAAAUACUGCACUGCAUCGUUGAACACCAGAAUUUGGCUCAUCUUUCUUCUCUUCACACAAGGUGCAAUGUACAUGAUUAAAGUGACUUGUAAAUUUUAAGAAAACAAGCAUGCAAAUUGGAACCAUAUGCAUGCCGUUUGUAUUGUCGAAACUCAGCAUUUCAGCAAAUGCUGUCAUGUGAUCACUUGAAAUGACCGAAGGUACACUGCACCUGCACACAACAACCUGCCAUAACUGUCUCCAUUUUUGUGUAAUCCUUUUGUUCCCUUUGCAAAUUUCAAGCUUCGAAUCACACUGAAUUGUCAGGGCUGUUUGCCCCUUACGGGCAAAUAAAACUAAACAUUUUUCAUAAGCAAAACAUGCUCACUGGUGGUUCAUCACUUCCCAAUUUUCCCCACUAACAUGAGGCCAAAAUGCUAUCCAUUUCACAGGGAUGCCUAUUUUCCUGCACUGCUAAAGAGAUCCUCUAUUAGUAAUAACGUCUUUAUUGUUUGGUUGUGGUCUCUCUUUACCUUUUGUUCUGGUAAAUAGUACUUUCAAUGCAUGGUCACAUUUAUGAUUCAUAAUUUUUGGUUUUUGUUUUUCUACAUUGACUAGUGAAAAUCCAAUGUAAUCUUUCUGUAGUAAAGAUGUACCCUGCUGUACUGAAAUCAUGUGCUGUAGCCAACACGUCUGCUCAUUGGAUGCCGCUUUUGUUCUUUUUAACCCUAUAUGGAGCAUGGUGGGCCUUGCCUUCAGUCUAUGUUGUUUAUUUUUGUUGCAUGGAUUUAUACUAUUAUUACAAACAAACAAGAAAAAAAACACAAAUUCCACAUAUACUAAUAUUUUUCAAUAAAGAAUAUAGUGUUUUUCCUAACCUUCAGUGUGCUUCUUGCUGAUUUCCAUUUAUUGUCCUCCCUCUCCCUUGUCCCUACCUGCCCCCUCCACCCCCCCUCCCCACCCACCUCCUCUCCCGCUGUGACAAAGAUAGACAAUUUCCACGCUUCCUCCAUCACAGGGCCUGAAUGAGUCUAUCUGCUGUCAUUCAUGGUGAUCGUUUUCACUGAGGCGCUUGAAAACGCAGUGUGCUUACUUACAGUCUAGACUUGAGCCUUUGACCCACGGCAGCAAGGUCACCUCUUGUCUGCCCGGCAACACUGACGACCUGAAAAUACCGCUGGAAGGUCAUGCUGCCCAUCUUUGCAGGGUGUGUUUUGAAAUCAUACUGCGUUUUUCAAGCGUACUCCUAGUAAAUGCAAUGUAGACUUUGCCUAUUUCCUCAUGAUUUUUAUAAAAAGAAAAUCUGUUUACAUUAAAAUAUGUCUUUUACACUGUUAAAGCAGAGUAAAUUCUCCACCUUCUAUAAGAACUGCACAAUCUCUAUAUCUGUACUGGUAGACUUAUGUAAAAUUCACUGCUUUAGCUCCUGCCAGAUGGACAUAACAGAGCACAGUAUAUUGAAUCCUGCUCCACUGCAGACCUAUCAUGCCUUCCUCCAGCCAGGAUUUCCUCAAAAGUUUCUAAUCAAACCUAAAUCUGUUACUGCAAUUUCGCAGUCCUUCCAUAAUCAGAGGAGUCUUUUUAAGCAUAAGCACAGUAUUAAAACCAUAUUGCACCAUGGCACAAGAAAGUCUGUAUUUUCUCCCUGUCGAGUUUCCACAGCAGUCUGUUCACUGCAGUUGCCAAAUAGCUGUGGUUGGAGAGAGUAAAAAAAGCAUUCAAGCUAUUUCCUCUCAACUCGUGAAUGUUCAUAUGGGAGCAGAACAACACUGCAUGUGUAAGACACAAAGAUAUAGUAGGUUUGAGUGAAGCACAGAUGUAUAGUAAUGUGAAUAUACUGUCUGGUUAAGGUUUUAAGAAGGAAGAUAGUGUUUUUUAUGGUUAUAUAGAUAGAGACUUGGCACAUAAACAGUUAUAUAUAUCUCUUAUAGACAGCCAGGUACAAAAGGUUUUACUCAGAGUGCACUGACCCACUGUCAGCUGCAGAAUUUACAAGAGCCGAGCUGCGUUGAAGACCAUAUACUGGUAGAUCUCAUCUGUUCUGAUCCAGUUCGCUUGAAUCAGAAGACCAGGAGUCGAUCCAGAGGUCGGAAAAUGCAGUUAAAGAAAUGAAAAGCUCGCGUUUUGUGUGCAGCACCAAAAUGGUUGUCAUGCUCAUGGUACUUGUGGUAACCAUCAUUUUCCCACCCCCACAGAAGUAUUUUUCACCCUAGGAUCCCAUUUCAACCGGCAACAGCAGCAACAGCAGCAGCACAGCCAUGCUACCUCUUGCCGGCACUUCCAGUUAGGUCCUCAGGCCCCGCUGCCCAUGGACUUCCCCAUGCCCCACCCAGGGCAGCCACAGUCAGGCAUUAACCCCCACCUGGCCCCUCCCGGCCACCAGCAUGGCCCUCCGCUCCACCCGCCUCUCAACCCCCUGCCCGCUCCCCAGUUCCAGGACAUCCCUGCCCCUCCCUUCCUACCUCAGGCAUUACACCAGCAAUACCUCCUCCAGCAGCAGAUCCUCGAGGCCCAGCACCGACACAUCCUGCCACCCUCCAGUAGACGCACCCCAGAGAGAGUUCCUCACCAGCCCCACAGACUGCGGCCCGGCUAUGAGUUUGCUCCCCCGCUUCAUGUCCCUCCUCAGCCUGUGGUGCAGCAGCCCCGCUACCUGGCUGAGGGCACAGACUGGGAUCUAAGUGUAGAUGCUGGGCUGCCCCCCCACCAGUAUCACAUCCAUCCGCUGCCGCAGCACUAUCAGCACUACUUGACCUCUCCUAGGAUGCACCACUUCCCUAGAAACAAUGCCUCAACACAAGUGGUUGUCCAUGAGAUCAGAAACUACCCAUAUCCCCAGCUGCACUUGCUGGCUCUGCAGAGUCUCAACCCCUCCCGCCACGCGUCUGCUGUUAGAGAGAGCUACGAGGAGCUUCUGCAGCUGGAGGACAGGCUGGGCAGUGUAAACCGAGGAGCAGUCCAAACCACCAUAGAAAGAUUCACGUUCCCCCAUAAGUACAAAAAGAGAAUACCCCAGGACCUGAAGAUGUGUCUGGAUGAUGAGGAGCUGGACACCGAUGAAAAGUGCACCAUCUGUCUGUCAAUGCUGGAGGAUGGAGAGGAUGUCAGGAGAUUACCCUGCAUGCACCUCUUCCACCAGGCGUGUGUGGACCAGUGGCUGGCCACCAGCAGGAAGUGCCCCAUCUGCAGAGUGGACAUUGAGACCCAACUGACCCCUGACAGUUGAUAGCUCCUGUCGACUCCUGCAGCUUUGGAUCUGGUCUUGUUAAUUCUCCAUUGCCUCCCUGUCCAGGGGGGAAGCUCUGCCAAACACCCCUCUCUUGCCCUCUGCAUCACUCAACGAGCCUGCCUUCUGAGACAGCUGUGACAGAGGGAUCAACAAAGCACACUCACCUACAACACAGCGAGGGAUGGGGGCUGAUGCAUAGAUAUGUGGCUGGACUGAAGGUUGCUUUGAAUGGACUUGCUGGAUGUGACAGGUAGGAGCGGACACGUAUGGACAGAUGUGCUGAGGCUUCACACACAGAUUCUGUCAGAUUGUGUACCCUGUGUACAUUUCUCCAUACCGCCAUCAAAGAGAGGACACUCUGACUACCAACCUCCCCAGCUCAGUGUGGCGUAUUAAGGCCAUUUCUCUGCCACUACAUCAAAACCCUCCCCCCCCCC